AUGUUUCCUCAAGACAAACAAGAACCCAUCGCCAUCAUUGGCGCGGCGUGUCGCCUGCCAGGCCAGGUUUCAGCUCUUGGCGACCUCUGGGAUAUGAUUAGCAAAGAGAAGACGGGACACUGCAAAGUACCAGAAGACCGAUGGAACGGCGACUUGUGGCAUCACCCAGAUCCAGACCGCAAGGGUGGCCUCGCAGUGAAGCACGGGUAUUUCCUACAAGAGGAUGUCGGUAAAUUUGAUGCCCCGUUCUUCUCCACAACUGCGAAGGAGGCGGCGUCUUUGGACCCUAUGAAACGACUUCUACUGGAAGUCAGCUAUGAAAGUAUAGAGAAUGCGGGAAUCCAAGUGGAAGAUUUGUUCAACACAGAAACCGGCUGCUAUGUCGGAUGCAUGACAAACGAUUAUGAAAUGAUAUCAUUGCACGAUAUCUAUGACUUGGGCCACGCGGCUGCCUCAGCAACAAGCGAGGCAAUGCUGGCGAACCGGGUAUCCUGGUUCUAUGGAUUAAAGGGACCUAGUCUGACUCUUGAUACCGCUUGCUCAUCCAGUCUAUACGCACUGCACCUGGCGUGUCAAUCGCUCAAACUCCGGGAAACCAACAUGAGUUUGGUCGCAGGUGUUAACCUUAUCAUUAACCCAAACACCAUGCACCAGCUUUCAGCUAUGCAUAUGCUUAGCUCCGAAGGCAUCUCCCAUACCUUUGACUCCCGGGCAAACGGCUAUGGAAGAGGAGAAGGGAUAGGCUGUCUCGUGGUCAAGCGCCUAUCGGACGCUCUUCGAGAUGGGGACACAAUACGUGCCGUCAUCCGCAAUACUGGUGUUAACGCAGAUGGCAAAACCGUCAGUAUUACGCAACCUAGCCCCGAGGCGCAGGCUGAGCUCAUUCGCAAGACAUAUGAGGAAGCCGGGUUGCCUUUGGCGUCUACCCAGUAUUUCGAGAGCCAUGGCACUGGUACCCCAGUAGGUGACCCUAUUGAGAUGACCGCCAUUGCAAACACCAUUGGACUUGCACGAAAGACGCAAGGCCUCAGCCCUCUGUGGGGCAAGCUAGUCCCCACAUACGGCGUCCAAGACUUGAACCCGAAGCUCAAGUUGGAGGAAUGGAACCUCGCUCUCCCGAGUGAGACCAUGAGGUGGCCGGGCCGGGGCCAGCGUCGAAUCAGCGUGAACUCAUUUGGGUUCGGCGGUGCCAAUGCCCAUGUCAUCUCGGAUGAUGCAUACCACUAUAUGAGGAACCGUGGCAUGAUUGGUAACCAUGCCACAGUUCCGUCCGAUGACUGGAAUGAGACCGACUCCAGCUACAGCACUCCAGGAACCGGCACACUGACACCCAAUGAACAGCACAUCGACAAGAAGAUGGUCUUUGUAUUCAGUGCUAAGGAUAAGACUGGCAUCGAACGGUUGGCUUCACAAUAUGCAACCCAUAUCGCAGCACGUGGGCUUCAAAAGCAAGAGGCGAAUUUCCUUUCACACCUCGCCUACACCCUCUUCUCCAGAAGAUCACAUCAUGAUUUUCGAUCUUUCGUGGCAGCCUCGAGCCUCACAGAGCUGAGCGAGCAACUGGCUGCGGGGCUCCCCAAGCUCAAGAGAUCCUCGCGUAAAGACAAUGGCAACCUCGUCUUUGUCUUCACGGGCCAAGGUGCCCAGUGGGCUGCCAUGGGUACCCAGCUGUUCAGUAACUCCAUUUUCCGCAACAGCGUUUAUAGGUCCCGAGAUCAUCUUAAAUCUCUGGGAUGUUCAUGGGAUGCUGUCGAAGAGUUGCAGAAGACGGAAGAUUCUAAAAUCGCAAUGCCCGAGUACAGUCAAACCCUCUGUACUGUUCUACAGGUCGCUUUAGUGGACGUCUUGCGCCAAUGGGGAGUAAUACCCAAGGCCGUGGUUGGCCACUCCAGUGGUGAAAUUGGUGCGGCGUAUGCAGCUGCGUAUAUCUCGCACGAAGAAGCUGUACGAAUCGCAUACUGUCGUGGUUUAAGCUCCGAGCAGGUACCGACGAAAGGUGCCAUGAUGGCCGCUGGGAUUUCACGCGCAGAGGCGCAGGUGUACUUGGACAGGCUGGCCGUUCAGGGCUCUGCUGUUGUAGCAUGUGUAAACAGCCCUUCAAGUGUCACCUUGUCGGGCGAUGUUGAGGCGAUUGACUCGCUCGAGUCCUCCAUCUCGGGUGACGGAAAGUUUGCUCGAAAGCUAAAGGUUACAACUGCGUAUCACUCACCUCAUAUUCGCAAAGUUGCAGAUGGCUAUCACGAAAAGCUAGGCCAAAUUAGCACCUUGCCAGGCAAUGGUCAUACCAUCAUGUUCUCAUCGCUCACUGGCAAGCCGGUUGAGUCGCACCAGGAACUCGAUGCGAAGUAUUGGGUAUCCAACAUGUGUGCUCCGGUGGAGUUUGCUACCGCGGUAGCGGCAAUAACAUCUUAUACGGAGCAAGGUUCGGGGUCCGUUCGACGGAUUCCAGUAAAAUGGGGGGCAUUUAUCGAGAUCGGCCCGCACUCCGCACUCCAGGGACCUGUCCAGCAGAGUGUUUCCACUGGUAGUAAUAAGUCUGCCAAGGACGCUCCCUAUCUCUCCAUGCUGCUGCGUGGUAAGGACGCCAUCGAUACCUCCAUCAAAGUUGCCGGGAACAUCUGGGCCAUUGGUGCCGACAUCAACCUCGUAGAGGUGAACGAAAUUGGUCCACUUCCUGGACACGUCGUCCCCAAGGCUUUGACGGAUCUCCCACCUUAUCCUUGGAACCACAGUCGUAGUUUUUGGCACGAGUCUUUCAUUGCCAAAUCGAUGCGAUUUCCCAAGGCCCCUAGAACGGAUCUGUUGGGUGUGCCCGAGCAUAUGCAAAACAGCUUGGAGCCUCGCUGGAGAAAUAAUCUUCGUAUAUCUGAGAACCCUUGGAUAGAGGACCACAAGAUAACGGGCACGAUUCUUUAUCCUGCAGCCGGAAUGCUUGUGAUGGCGUUGGAAGGUGCUUUGCAGAUGGCAGACUCCAAUAGAAAAGUCCGAGGUUUCCGCUUUAGCGAAGUCAACUUUGAGCGUGGUUUGCUCAUCACCAGCGGUGACGACGCGGCUGUUGAGACGCGGCUAAGCUUGCUUCCCAGUGACACUGUGUCAGGCCAGUUUCGAUUCACAGUAUUCUCUACUACCACGGGAAUAUCGUGGGACAAACAUUGCUUCGGUCAAGUGAAGCUAGACUACUCUGAAGGCACGAGCGAGAUUGAGAGCUCUGAAGCUGAUCCGGCUUGGAUCGAGCAGCUAGAUGUAUUUAAGAGGCUCGUUUCAGCAAAGGAUGCGGAGAAUGUUGAGGUUGAGUCCUUCUAUCGUCAUCUUGAAGGAAUUGGCAUGCAGUAUGGGCCUCUGUUCCGCAACGUUAUCUCACUCACCGCCGUUGCGUCUGAGAAGGCGUCGUACGGGACUGUCAUCAUCCCUGAUACAGCAUCAUGCAUGCCAAACAACUUUGAAUAUCCUCAUGUGAUGUAUCCCGCCACCAUGGACGCCAUCUUCCAUCUGGUUCUGGCUGCCUUUAACGGAGGCAAACCUGUGACCGAGGCUUCUGUUCCCUAUCAUAUUGAGGAGAUGUGGGUGGCUGCUGAGCAGCCCCAUGGUGCCAACAGCCGCUUUGAUGGCUACGGUCAUCUGGUUAGCAAGUCCACUGAUGGACAUGAAACUGUAGGGGAUUUGAUUGUGACAGACGAGACUUGGUCUGAACCCAAGUUCGUGGUCAAGAACUUCACCUUGCGCACGGUCAGCUCCGGAGAAGGAGGAUCCAAGAGUGCUACUACCUACCAGAACAAGUGCGCGCAAAUCAAAUGGGCUGAUGAUGUCGAUUUCGUCCAAGCCGAUGAUGAAUUCGCGGCCGCCACAACUGCUGCCAGCACGGCUACUGAUGCUCUUUGCAUUUGGGUCGAUCGUAUCCUUCACAAGCGUUCCAUUCACCGUCUCCUCGUUGUCGUGGACCAGGCGUCCGAAGACGCGAAGAGUAUUCUGCGUGCCGUCCAAACGCGCGUGGGACAGAAGCCGGGGAUCAAGAGCCUCAGUGUCAUGGCCACGUGUGCAUCCGUCCAGGACGACUUGAUUUCGGCAGGAAUCAGCUCUGAUAUCACCUUAUUGAAUGAGAAGGAGAGUUUAAUCAUGCUGGAAUCUCAUACUUACGACGCUUCUCUGCUGGUUGGGUCUGAUGUCGUCGAAGGGCAAUCAGACUUACUUCAAGCAGUGAAGAAGAGUCUGUCUGCACAUUGCAGACUCGUAGUUGUUACUGAAGCGUCGAAAGUAGCAAUGGCUAAGACGUCAUUGGAAGCCGCUGGAUUCACCAAUGUUCUCGGCUCUGAGAAAGGCUUAUUGACGGCUUUGAUAUCCCCCAAAGAAGCCUCUGAUGUACCGGCCGAAGUUCAUAUUCUCCUGCCAUCAUCGGCUUCGCCUAUGGCGCUCGAGCUAGCCUCGAACCUCCGCAAGAGCCUCCUACUGCGAGGGGUGUCGGCUGGUUCGACCGGCUUUUCUGCCGAUGUUGUAGAGCAGCUCACUGACAAGCAUGUAAUUUCGCUGUUGGAAGUUGAAUCGCCUUUCAUUUACUCUUGGGGCGAUCAAGACUUGGCCGCAUUCAAGUCCCUCGUAUCGUCUGUCAAGAACCUGUUUUGGAUUACUCGUGGUGGCCAGCUUGAAUCGUGGUCUGGCGGCGUUGAGUUUGCACCGGCCCAGGGCUUGUUGCGCGUGAUGCGAAACGAAUACCCACUGGCUACCAUUUCACACCUGGAUCUUUCACCUGCAUUCGAUAUCAAGCGGCCGCGCAGCUCGGAGCUCGUGGCCCGGGUCUGGAGCGCCUCCCUGUAUGAGGAUGCCGAGACAGAGUUUGCCGAACUCCACGGCGCUAUUCACGUCCCCCGAGCAGUUGAUGCUGUUGGUUUGGAGGGCGAGCUGAUGCACUACAGCGGAGUUGCUGAGCCUAGGUUGACGAAUAUUCGUGGCCAUAGCAGCAUGCUUACGUUUAGUCAAGACUCAAACCUCUGGGUCGAGGAUGAGAGUGCAAGUCGCCCUCUCGAUACGGAUGAGGUGGAAAUCGAAGUCGACUUCGCAACCAUAUCGGGAGGACUAGUUUUGGCUAAUGAGAUAGUUGGCAAGAUCUUGAGCUGCGGGGCGAAUGUCAAGUCUCUCUCUGUUGGACAGCAUGUCAUUGCACUUGGAGUAGGUUCGUUGAAGUCCCGUGUUCGCCAGAAUGUCCGGAAUGUGGCGGCGUUGCCUUCCCACAUGUCUGGUGAAGGAGCCGCGGCUCUGUCUUCCGGCCUCGUUACAGCCCAGUACGCCUUGAGAACACUGGCUGGCUUAGGCGCUGGUGACCGUAUUCUAAUCCACGACGCCGAGAGCAGCCUUGGACUUGCUGCCGUUCAGCUUGCCCGGUCUGUCGGGGCCGAGCUGUAUGCUCUUGUGUCGUCCAGCUCGGCAAGGGAUCUGCUCGUCGGGACAUACGGUCUCUCCCCAUCACAAGUCUUCGAUUCGGCUCUUACUUAUUUCAUCUCUGCUAUCAGACAACGUACCCGCGGUGCAGGAGUGGACGUUAUAUUCGCUUCGACCCUCACAGACGCUGUCAUCCCGUCCCUCUCUGUUCUCGCCGACUCGGGAUCCUUCCUGGAUGUCGGCGUAGGCUGUGAUAUUGUUCUGCCUCUCUCGAAGCGAAAUGCCUCGCUGUUACGCGUCAACAUGGAACUUGUACGGAAAUCACGUCCGGCGCUGGUCACAGAGCUGUUCCAGGCCGCUUUUGGCGACCCAAAACAACUCAUCAGCCCCGUGACUCGCACGAUCCCAGUGAGCCAGUUGGCAAGCAUUAGCACAGUUCAAAUCCAGGAGGAGAGUGAGAGCAUGGUGGUAUCCAUUUCUGCAAACGAUGAAGUUCUCACCGUGACACCCCCUGCAGCACCACUUCAAUUGCAUAGUGAUGGUACGUAUGUGCUUGCUGGUGGCUUAGGCGCGCUUGGCUUGGGACUCGCGUCCAUGCUGAUUGAUCAUGGUGCCAAACAUCUCGUUUUCCUCUCUCGCUCUGGCGGAGCAAAGAACGAAGAAGACCUGGAGGGCUUUCGCCGGCGUGGCUGCAAUGCUGAGGCAUUCAAGUGCAACGUCAACGACGCUGAAGCCGUAAAGGGAGUUUUUGAUACGUUGCGAAAACAAGGGAGAGCCAUUAGAGGCAUAAUUCAAGCUGCCAUGGUUCUUGGGGAUUCAAUUUUUGAUAACAUGACAUUUGAUAAAUGGACUCGAGCUUUCCAGCCGAAAACUCGAGGCUCCCAAAACCUGCUCUCUCAGUUGUCUCCUGAAACGAACCCGUUAUUCAUUCUGCUCUCAUCGAUCACCGGUGUCAUCGGAAAUAUUGCCCAGGCGAAUUAUGCCGCGGGGAAUACUUUCGAGGACGCCCUUGCUGUCUAUGCUAAUAAGCACCUGGGCAUCGCAGCAACAAGUAUUGACGUUGGCCUUGUGGUCGACUCAUCCCAUUUUACCUCAUCCGGCGAGUUCGGAGAGCUAGAAGAUUAUCUCGGCAGAUAUUCUCAUGGAUGGACUGGCUUGCGCUGUACCGUUGAUGAACUCAAAGUGGCUGUGGUCCUAGGACUCGGGGAUGAGUUUGUUCACCAAGAUGCUACAGCUAGCUUUCUCAGGGAUCAGAAGUUCGUCCACCGCCUACUAGAUGCUCCAGUGGCCGAUGUAGACGGCGCUAGCAAGGGUCCGAGCGUCAUCGAAAGACUAUCUAAUGCUGCCAGCCAGGCCGAGGCGGCUGUGGUUGUGGAGAGUGUCCUCAAAUCCCUGAUCGGAGCCGCUAUUGGGAUCGAUGCGGAAGACGUAGACGCAAGCAAGCCACUUCCUGAAUUUGGGGUGGACUCAUUAAAAGCCGUCGAAAUCCGGAAUCACACAAAGAAGGAGCUGCAGUCUGACAUAUCAGUAUUUGAACUACUUAGCGCGGUUCCCCUGGCUGAUCUAUCCAUCAAGAUUGCUUCCAAAAGCAUGCUAGUCAAAGUGAGUGAAAUUUGA